AUCUGACACUCCUUGUUUUGUUUGAGACACAUCCAAAGCUAAGACUCUUAGUUGGUCGGAACUUGGAAGAUUUCCAAACCCAACACUUCCAAAAAACACCUCUUCACACCAAACAAUAACCUCUUUCUCUUUCUCUCUCUCAUCCUUCAUUCUUUCUGUUGAAACUUGAAAAAACUUUGGUAUAUAUGCAUGUGUUGUUGCUUAAGUUCUGAAUUUUCACCACCCUUUAUUUUAUUUUUAAUUAAUUAAUUAAUUUAAUCAAAGAAGAUAAGAAGAUAUGGUGAUGGAUGAUGCUUUGAAUGGCUUCUCUCCUGUUUCCACUCCUACCAUUUACUGGAAAUCUAGAAAGAGAUCAGCUGGCUGGAGGAAAACAGAGGUAUCAGAAAAUGGGGCUGAUACAUUGCCAAACCAAAAGGAGGUUACUCCUCCGCCGGCACCACCAGUUGCUAGCGAGGAGAACCAGGACUUGACACCAGCUUCCGAGCUUUCGGAGCGUCGAAAGGCCUUGUUUGAACCAUUAGAACCUAUAACAAAUAGUAAUGGCCGACGGCUACGACCCUCCAAUGAGUCCUUGCUUCCACCCCCUGACUUUGAUUCUGCAGACUAUCCCAAGGGAUGGCUGAUCGGAAAGAAGCGCAAGCUUGUCAAUGUGGAUGUCGUCGAAAGCAUGAGAAGGAUUGCUGUCCAAGAAAUGAACCGAAAGGACAGGGAAAUAGAUGGCCUAAAUGAACAACUGGAGGAGGAUUCAAGAGUGUUGGAGCACUUGCAAAUCCAGCUUUUGGAAGAAAAGAGCAAGCGUGCUCGAGUCGAAAGAGAAAACACAAUGCUUCAAGAGCAAGUGAACAUGCUCAUGAACAUGUUGCAAGAAGCAGAACAGAUGGGAGAUGAGGGAAAUGAUGAACAAAUGGGAGAUGAAGGCAGAGAGGAACCAUAAACAAAAUAUUCAUUAGUUUGUUUGUGUCUUUAUUAUUAAAUUCUUUUGUUUUAGGCUUGUAGAUUAUGUGACCAAAGUUAGUGGAGUGCUUGUAUGGUUUUGCUGCUCAUAA